AUGUAUACCAAGGCCCUCUCUACAGUGUUUCUCUUUCUGGAGCUAGUCAGCUUGGCUACUGCCGCCCCCUACGUGGAAAAAAGAUCCUUCAAAGUUGAGCGUGUUCGAAACGACGGAUACACGGGCCGCAAUGGACCUCGAGCACUCGCCAAAGUUUACCGCAAGUACGGCAUGCCCUUGCCUGACGGCCUAGUCAACGCUCUAGAGGCACAGGACAAGAACGAAGCGGCCUCAUUCCAGCCAACGAAGCGCCGCGCUGGUAAAUGGCAUAACCCGAUGGAAGAUGCGGGUGAAGAUGCCAGCGCUGAGAACGUUGGUGUUGAGAAUGUCAGUAUUGAGGAAACCAGUGCUGAGGACGUCGAUGCCAAGGGCGUUGGUGCUGGGGACGUCAAAGCGACUGGCCUUGAUGGACUCCUCGGUGCACUAUUUGGUAACGGCAAUGGCAACGCUGCUGGAAACGGCGCCAAUAAUGAAGGCGGCAACCGUGCCGGAAAGGGCGCUGGCAACGCCGCCGGUAAUGGUAAUGGUAACGGCGCCAAUGCCAAUGAUGGCAAGGGUACUGGCAAGGGUGCCGAAAAGGGCGGCAAAGGUUCUAACAACAAUACCAACGACGGCAAUGACAACAAUGGCAACGCCAACAAUAAUGGCGGCAACAUCAAUGGUGGCAAGAAGGGCAACAAUAGCACCGAUGACCCGAACCAAGAUGUGGUUGCAGCUCUUGCCAGGGCCCGUGAAGGCAACCUGACCGGCGUGGUCCAGACGACCCCGGAGAAGAACGACGUCGAAUACCUGUCGCAGGUGAAAAUCGGCGGACAGCCCAUCACUCUGGAUUUUGACACCGGCUCUUCUGAUCUCUGGGUCUUCAACACGAAGCUGCCCGCCGCGGCGACUACGGGCCGCCAGGUCUACGACCCCGACACGAGCAAGACGUUCAAGAUGAUGCAGGGAGCCCAGUUCACGAUCCGCUACGGCGAUGGCUCCGGCGCCGAGGGCGUCGUGGGCACCGACGUGGUCGAGGUCGGCGGCGCCGUCGCGCCCAAGCAGGCCGUCGAGCUCGCCACGACGGUGACGGACACGUUUGUCAAGGACGUCAACAACGGCGGGCUCAUGGGCCUCGCGUUCGGCUCCAUCAACGCCGUCAAGCCGCAGAAGCAAAAGACGUUUUUCGAAAACGUCAUGCCGAACCUCAAGGAGCCGCUCUUCACGGCCGACCUGCGCGCGGGCGCCCCUGGCGCCUACGAGUUUGGCCGCAUCGACUCGAGCAAGUUCACCGGCCAGAUGGCGUGGAUCCCCGUCAACACGACCAAGGGCUUCUGGCAGUUUACCAGCGAAAAGUUUGCCGUCAACGGGGGGCAGGUCCAGGCGGCGACAAAGGGCGGCCAGGCCAUUGCCGACACGGGCACGACGCUGCUCCUCGCCGACCCGGCCGUCGUGCAGGGCUACUACUCGCAGGUGCCCCAGGCGGAGAACAGCCAGCAGAUGGGCGGCUUCGUCGUGCCCUGCAACGCCAAGCUGCCGGACCUGGACCUGGACAUCGGCGGCGCCUACAUGGCCCGCAUCAAGGGCGCAGACAUUAACUUUGCCCCUGUUGGCAAUGGUGCUUGCUUUGGUGGCUUGCAGGCGUCUCCGGCGGGCGGCCUGGCCAUCUACGGUGACAUCAUGUUCAAGUCGCAGUUUGUGGCGUUCAACGGUGGUAACCAGAGCCUGGGCAUGGCCAACCAUGUCUAA